AAUUUUAGAUCCGUCAUCUUUGCUUUGUUUGUUCACUUGUUUGUUACACAGUGGCCUCCCUCUUCCUCUUCCUCUUCUCAAACAUUCAUUUCUCCAUUUCUUCAUCAUUCAAUGCCUCUUCUUCUUCCAUUAAAAUAUAUAUAUGACAUUUGUACUUAGAGUGCGUUUGUGGCUUUAAUUUUACUCAUAAUAAUGUUACCUUAAAAACAUCCCAAUACGUGUCUACUAUUUGUUAAACAGAGUCCUGCUUUUUCUUCACUCUUUACAUUCCUUUUCAUACUAUAACACUCACUCCUACAUUCCUUCAUGAGAUCUCUCACAUUUUGAAAUCCUUCUCAUUCUAAUUAAGCAUCAAUUUAUGGGCAUUUUGCACUAAUUUUUUUUUUUUUUUGUGUGUGUGGGGGGAGGGUUAUGGGCAUUCUGGAUUCAUUGUUUGGAAAUGGGGGUAGAAGGUUUAUCAAGAGAAAAGAUAGCGAUGCAGGUGAAGCAGGUCGGGCACUGGAAGAGCUCAGAGGUUCCCUCUACAAUGAGCUUCGAACAUCAGAAGGAGCCAAGCGCCAACAACAGCGAUUCUGUGGUCCAGUUAUGGCAAUGACCUUCAAUUUCAUGGUUGCUGUUGGAAUAAUAUUGGGAAACAAACUUGUUAUGGGAAGAGUUGGAUUUAACUUUCCCAUUUUCCUAACGUUCAUCCAUUACUGCUGUUCUUGGAUAUUACUAGCCAUCUUCAAGGCUUUGUCAUUGCUUCCAGCUGCUCCUCCUGCUAAAUCGACACCAUUUUCUUCACUCUUUUCUUUGGGUGUUGUGAUGGCUUUUGCUUCUGGCCUUGCCAAUGCUAGUCUGAAGCAUAACAGUGUGGGUUUCUAUCAGAUGGCUAAAAUUGCGGUUACUCCAACCAUCGUCAUUGCUGAGUUCUUUCUUUUCAAGAAAACAGUCUCCUUUCACAAAGUACUGGCUUUGGCUGUCGUGUCAGUAGGCGUUGCAGUUGCAACUGUCACAGACUUGGAAUUUAAUUUCUUUGGGGCUUGUAUAGCACUAGCAUGGAUAGUUCCAAGCAGUGUAAACAAAAUUCUUUGGUCAAAUCUCCAACAACAAACCAAUUGGACUGCUCUUGCGUUGAUGUGGAGGACAACCCCAGUGACAAUUUUCUUCUUGGUAGCACUGAUGCCUUGGCUAGACCCUCCAGGAGUGCUAUCCUUCAAGUGGGACAUCCACAAUACUUGUGCUAUUCUCAUCUCAGCUUUACUUGGUUUUCUCUUGCAAUGGUCUGGAGCUUUAGCACUUGGAGCUACAUCAGCAACUUCACACGUUGUUUUAGGACAAUUCAAGACUUGUGUGAUCCUACUAGGAGGAUAUUUCCUGUUUAGUUCAGAUCCGGGGUGGACAAGUAUAUGUGGUGCCGUUACAGCUCUUGGUGGAAUGACAGUAUACACAUCCCUCAGCUUAAAGGAAUCAAGAGAAAAGGCAAGUGACCAACUCCCAAAGCACAGUUUACCUCCUCAAAAACUCAAGAGUACUGAAGAUGAUGACAACUCCAGAUACUCACCUCCAGACCACACUCCUGCUGUCGUCUAAGCUGCAUUUCUUCCUAUAUUUUUUGUUGGUACAUAAGUUAGAUCUAAUUUGUGACUCACUUUAAUUGAACGUGUAAAUUUCUACAUUGCAACACACCAGCAUUAUGUAUAUUGAAAAAGAUGCAAGAUAAAGUAGAAAGUUUUGGAAGUUUGGUUGUUUAGCAUAA